AUGUCAGCGAGCCUGAAGAGGAUGCUGAGGAAGAGCCUGACGCGGGAUUCGGGGAAUUCGAUGAAGGGGGGCGCGGGGCGCGGCGGCAACGGGGAGGCAGGGGGGGAAUGGCGCCUGAACAGAUCGCCCACGUUUCCGCACCAGAUGCACGCGGAGAGCGUGAAGCGGCUGACGGAGCGCGAGCGGCAGGAGCUGGCCAAGGACACGGUGGGGGGGCUGCCGGGGGCGGACAAGGGGGACCUGCUCCCCGGCGAGUCGCAGAAGGCUACAGCAGAGUGGCGCACUGUGUACAUCGACCCCAGUGGUGAAACCCUGCCAGGGAGCUUCAAGAACAACUCAAUAAGGACGUCAAAGUACAAUGUCAUCACAUUCCUGCCAAUUUUCCUCUUCGAGAUGUUCCGAAGGGCCGCUUACCUGUAUUUCCUUCUCCAGGCUGGGCUGUCAUGGGUGGAUGAAAUCUCACCUUGGAGCCCUUUGGGUGCCACAGCGGCCCUGGCGUUUGUGCUGGCUGUCUCGGCUGUAAAGGCAGGUGUUGAAGACUACAAGAGGCAUGCUGAGGACAAGGUGACCAACAACACUCCCACGGCUGUGGUAACAGACUUGAAGACAGGGGAAGUGGAAGCAAGGAAAUGGAGAGAAGUGAAGGUUGGCGACAUUGUGAAAGUAAAGGACGGGGAGUUGUUUCCUGCGGACCUUAUGUGCCUAAGCACUGGUUUGGCUGACAACCUUUGUUACAUCAGGACAACCAAUCUGGAUGGGGAGUCCAAUCUGAAGAUAAGGAAACCGGUUGACCUGCGAGGAAUACCUGGUUUCAGGGACAACGAAAAAGAGACUUUGAAGCUUCCACUCUCCUUCAGGGGUCACCUUGAGAGUGAGCUGCCCAACCGUGACCUGCACAGGUACAAGGGUCGUUUUAAGGCUGUUUACAAGGACGAUGCGGGUGCCGACAAGAAGGCUGAGGUCCCUGUGACUAUGAGUGAGAUGCUUCUGAGAGGUACUUUGUUGAAGAACUCAAGGCAUGUGUACGGCUUGGUUGUCUACACUGGUUGUGAUACGAGGAUCCAGAAGAAUGCAGCCACUCCACCACUGAAGUAUGGGUCUUUUGACCGCUUCUUGAACAUACAGGUCUACGGUCUCAUUGUGAUACAGGCCCUCAUGUGCUUACUAUUGGCUGGAGGAAGUCUGAUAUGGAGAGAGGAGGAAGGCAAGAAGCGCUACUACUUGGGGCUCAACGAGUUUGUUGCAGGGAAUUAUGAGGACAAGGCAACAUACUUUUUCCUUGUGUUCCUCACAUUCUGGAUUUUGACUUCCUACCUGGUACCAAUCAGCUUGUUUGUCACCAUCGAGAUUGUGAAGUUCUGGCAGGCAUUUGUGUUCAUCAACAAUGAUCCACACAUGGUGGUAGAGGGCGAUGAAACAUCGCAUGCACAUGCUCGUAAUUCGAAUGUGAAUGAAGAUUUGGGCAAGGUGGCAUAUGUGUUCAGUGACAAAACUGGGACACUCACCAGCAAUGAAAUGCAGCUGAGGAUGGUUGCCGUGAAAGGGAACAUUUUUGGUGACCCUGACAUAAGGUUGGAAGAGCUUGGUGAAGAGGCAAGAGGCAGACAGUCCCUGGAGGCAUUCGACCGAAGGCUAUCAAAGGCUGUGGAGGUUCUCAAGAAUGGGAAUUUCUGGAAGUCCUUAAUUAACCAGGGGGGCAGCCGUGCAGAAGUCUUGAGACUUGCAGGUGGUGGCCCUGGUAUGAAGUCCCAGAAGACAAUGAAAAGCAAAGCAAUUCAAAAGGAGCUUGGUGGAUUUGCAGACCUUGAGGAUGGUGAGGAACUGGGAUCCAGUGAUACACCAAACUCGUCUUUCAAGAUAGAGAGUCACGAAGUAGGCGAUUAUGUGCUUGGAUGGCACAUUGUUGAUUUCUGGACCAAUAUCUGCAUUUGCCAUUCCUUGAUCAUUGAGGAGACGAACGAUGACAAGGGUAGAAAGAAGCGAGUGUACCAGGGCCCUUCUCCCGAUGAAGUGGCACUGGUAGAAGCAGGGAGGCAGCUGGGUUUUGAGUACUGUGAACGAGGCCUAACUGAUGUCACACUGAACCUUCAAGACCACCAAGUCAAAUUCGACGUCUUGAAUGUUUUGGAGUUCAGCAGCGAUCGGAAAAGGAUGUCUGUGAUAGCCCGAUCGCACGAUGGCACCAUCCGGCUGUACAGCAAAGGGGCAGACAAUGCGAUCAUGGAACGCCUCCAGCCCAACACUGACCCCGACUUGCUGGAGAAGACAAAGGAAGAUCUGCACGAUUUCUCAGUCCAGGGCCUUCGAACGUUGUUGCUGGGGACGCGAGUUCUCUCCAAGGAAGAAUGGGAGCAGUGGGAUAAAGAAUACCAGGAAGCUGCAUCCAGCCUGGACGAUCGCGAUGCAAAGAUUCUGCGAGUCGCAGAUGUGAUUGAACGUGACCUGGAGCUUGUGGGAAUCACAGCCAUUGAGGACAAGCUCCAAGAAGGAGUGCCAAUGGCCAUUCAGACGCUUCGCAUGGCGGAUAUGAAGGUUUGGAUGAUAACUGGAGACAAGAUGGAGACAGCGAUAAACAUUGGUGUGUCUUGUCGUCUGAUUGGCAACCAAGAGAGGGUCAUUAUUCUGACAGCAGAUUCAGAAGAUGAAGCAAAAGGGAACAUUGUUGCCUGCAAGAAGGAGGCAGAAUCGCGCCUUGAAAACGAUGAGGCUGUUGAACUCGUCGUUGAUGGCCCAAGUCUAAAGUUCAUUCUUGGGAAAGAGCACGAUGGCCUCAUUUUGGAACGUGAGCUUGCUGAACUGGCAUCCUUGAGCGGCGCUGUCAUUGUGUGCCGCUCUUCUCCAUCGCAAAAGGCGGCAAUCGUGAGGGUCAUGGAUGAGUUUGAGCUGAGGAAGGCAGAAGGAACUGGGAAUUUCGUGUCAAAGUGGUUUCGCAAGCAGGACAAGAAAAUCAAGAGCAAGAGCCUCGCCAUAGGCGAUGGGGCCAAUGAUGUUGCCAUGAUUCAGGCUGCAGAUGUUGGAGUGGGGAUCGCUGGGAAGGAGGGCCGGCAGGCUGUGAACAACUCAGACUAUGGAAUCUCACAGUUUCGGUUCCUAGUGCGUCUGCUGCUGGUCCACGGACAGCUGUCCAACUACCGCCUCGCACGUCUCAUCAAAUACUCAUUCUUCAAAAACAUCGCCUUUGCCUUUGUCCUGAUAUAUUUCCAAAUAUUUUGCGGAUUCUCAGGACAAACACUCGUCGAUGACAUCUCAGCCACCAUGUACAAUGUCAUACUCACCUCCAUGCCCAUCCUCCUGUUUUCGCUCAUCGACCGCCCUGUCAGCGAUGCCUCUCUCGUUCGAUUCCCACAACUGUACAACACCGCACACUCACUCAGCACCCGCGUCUUCUGGAGGACUGGAAUUCUGGACGGCAUGAUAGUCGCUGCCAUGUGCUUCUUCAUCCCCUUCUAUGCAGCCGUGCCAGCAGGGAGGGAUUCCACCCAUGGGCUGUGGGCUGUUGGCAAGACUGCAUUCGUGGCCCUUCUUGGCGCCGUCACGUUGGAGAUCUCUCUUGUGACGCGAUACUGGACCAAGGUGUACGUAGUAUUUGUGGUCAUCAGCUACGGCCUGAUCUAUCCAUUCUUCAUCAUCUUCCCCAUCGGCCAGAGGUGGUUCGAUGUGUUUGAUCCAGCACAAUAUGGGGUGGCAGAAAACUUGUUUAUGACGGCCAUUUUCUGGCUCACGAUCAUUGCUGUCAAUGCUGCGGCAUUUGGAUUCCGGUAUGUGACCCGGACGUACAAAUGGCUGUACAGACCUGACGACAACAUGAUCGUUGCUGAAUUCGAGAGCAAGAAUGGUGCUCUUCAUGGCUUGGAGCAGGAUGCAGCAGAGUGUGAACGGAUGAUGGCUCUUGGAUUUGGGAAUGUCGUGAAGGUUGAAAACACCGACGACUCGGUCGUUCUGGUGCAAGACGAUCCAGAGGACGUGUCCAAGGGAAUGAACAAGGGUCUGCAAGAAGGGGCGUAA